AUGCUCUCAUCCACUCUCAGAAGCUCCGUCAAGGCCCUGCGACCGCUGCGGGCCUCCCGGGACCUGUCCUACGGCUUCAUUGGUCUGGGUCGAAUGGGUCUGCCCAUGGCCCUCAAUUUGCAGAAGAAGCUGCCCGGUGUCGACGCUGACUCCAAGGUCAACGUGUUCGACAUGAACAAGGCUGCUCUAGAACAGAUUGCCAAGGACAAGGAUCCCAAGGGCGCCCAGCUGGAGGUGCUGGGCUCUGCCGUGGACGUGGCCAGCAAGUCCGAUGUCAUCUUCACAAUGCUCCCUGAGCCCGUCCAUGUCCGAGGAGUCUACACCGACCUGGUCAACAACCUCGGAGACAAGACCUCCAAGAUCUUUGUCGACUGCUCCACCAUUGACACUCAGACGUCAAUUGAGUGCGGUAAGCUUGUGACCGACAAGGACGCCUCUGCUGCCUUUGUGGACGCCCCCGUCUCCGGAGGUGUCGUGGGAGCCGAGAAGGGCACCCUCACCUUCAUGGUCGGGUGCAACAAGGACAAGCAGCAGGUGUACAAGCAGGUGGAGGAGCUGCUCAAGCUCAUGGGUGGCCGAAUCGUCAACUGCGGCACCCAGGGCCAGGGUCUGGCUGCCAAGCUUGCCAACAACUACCUGUUGGCUGUGACUAACGUUGCCACUGCUGAGGCUUUCCAUCUUGCUGAGAAGCUUGGAUGCGACCUCAAGCUCUUCUCAGACAUUGUCAACUCCUCUUCCGGUCGAUCUUGGUCCUCCGAGGUGAACAACCCCGUCCCAGGUGUCAACCCCGCUACUCCUUCUUCUCGAGACUACGUUGGAGGCUUUGGUAUCAACCUGAUGCGAAAGGACCUGGGUCUGGCCAUCGAUGUGGCCAAGCAGUCUGGAUCCUCCAUGCUUGUGGCUGACAAGACUUACGAGGUCUAUCAAAACAUUGAGAAGGGAGACAACUACCAGGGCAAGGACAUGUCUGUUAUCUACAAGUUCCUCCAGGAUCAGGAUCAAUAA